AUGUGUCCUCUUGAAUAUCGUAUCAUUGAUCCAAAUCAUUCAUUUUGUUCGGAACCAUUUCCAAAUGUUGUUGAUCAACGAGUUACUUCAUAUGAACGUGGAUAUAUUGUUAACGUACAUAAUUAUGAACGACGUCGUGCAUAUGGUACUAAUAUCGAAAAAAUGUAUUGGAAUGAUGAUUUAGCUGAAAUUGCUCUUCGUCAUGCUCGUAAAUGUAUUUUUGAGCAUGACAAUAUCAAUCAACGAAGUGUACCAAAAAUUCCUUUAUCAACGGGACAAAAUCUCGCUAUGGGUUAUGAAAAUUGGAUAGAAGUUAUAGAAGGAUGGAGUGAAGAAAAAGAAUUUUAUUAUCAUACCUAUCCAUCAACAAAUAUUUUCAGUCAUUAUGCACAAAUGAUUUGGCAUUCAUCAGCAUUAAUUGGUUGUGCAGCAACAAUUUGUCCUCCAUUUGGAACACAUAAUAUCUCAUGGCGAUUUUUUGUUUGUAAUUAUAUCAUGGGAAUGUUAAACAGCAAUUAUCAUGAAGCAUUUCAAGAAAGCAUUGAAUAUCAUCCAUUGCAUGAUUGUCAAGGUAAAGUAUGUCUAUAUAAUGGUACUCUUGAUUUAAGUACAUGCAAAUGUCAAUGUUCUGCAUAUGCAAGUGGUUCACAAUGUGAAAAAUUAAAUUGUUCAAUAUUACCGCCAUGUCCAUAUCAUUCAUCAGUAUCUUGUAUAGCUGUUGAUGUUCCAUUAGAAUGUCCUCGUCUUUGUGGUUUAUGUGAUCGAUAUGAAAUAUUAAAAUAUGUUUAUGGUGAAGAGAAUUUAACAUCUAAUAUCUCUACAACUAUUUUUACUAUCAAUGAAAAAAGCACACGAUUUAAUUCAACAUCAAUUACCAAUACGACAAUAUCUAUGAUCGUUUUAUCGACAUCAUCAACACGAUAUUCACCUUAUCAUAUGAUUUUAUAUGUAUUUAUUAAAUAUUUAUUUUUUGCAUAA